CCACUGGACGGUCGUCAGCACGUGAGCAGAAUGGAGAUGCCGACGCGUUUGCAGAAUGUUUUACCGAUGUAUUCGGAGAGAGGAGCCGCGCGGAUUGUUGCCGAGAUGAAAUCGAAUCCGAGAUCGGUUCCUCUCGUUGACGAUGAACUUCCCCAAUGGUACCGAGUUGGUAGAGUGGUCAGUGCAUAA